AACUCUUUACCGACUCCCUCGAUGACUUGGUUGGUGAAGGCCACUUUGUCUCUCCCCACAUAUCGGUACCCGUAGCCUAUAAUCCCACCUUCUCUCUCUUGCAAGUCCGCCUUCCUCUGCUCUCUGUUCUUCCCUCUGUUCCAUUUCAACAACCCAGCAGCAACGUCUCUCUUGAAGCGUUUCUUUGCAACACCUUUUUGGUUUGUUUUUUAUGGUAUUUCCUUCUUCUCUCGAAAUAUACUCACGCCAAUUCCCGCUGCCUUUCCGGAACCAUACGGCGCGCAAUGGAAGGCGAAAAGCCAGUGAAUUUCUGGGGGAACAUGCCGGAGGAAGAGUAUUACACGUCGCAGGGUGUCCGAAACAGCAAGUCUUACUUCGACACUCCUAACGGGAAACUCUUCACCCAGAGCUUCCUGCCGUUGGAUCAAAAAGUCAAGGCCACUGUCUACAUGACCCACGGCUAUGGAUCGGAUACCGGUUGGCUGUUCCAGAAGAUUUGCAUCAACUUUACAACCUGGGGUUACGCUGUUUUUGCUGCUGAUCUUCUCGGACAUGGCAGAUCAGAUGGUCUGCGUUGCUACUUAGGUGACAUGGAGAAAGUUGCUGCUACAUCCUUAUCAUUCUUCAAGCACGUCCGCUACAGUGAGGAAUACAAAGACUUACCUGCAUUCCUCUUUGGUGAGUCCAUGGGUGGAGCAGCAACAAUGCUCAUGUACUUCCAAUCAGAGCCCGACACUUGGACAGGCCUGAUUUUCUCAGCCCCACUCUUUGUCAUGCCUGAGAACAUGAAACCGAGUAAGGUCCGGUUGUUCAUGUAUGGUCUGCUCUUUGGACUAGCCGACACAUGGGCAACAAUGCCUGAUAACAAGAUGGUUGGCAAGGCAAUCAAGGACCCAGAAAAGCUGAAGAUCAUAGCAUCAAACCCAAGGAGAUACACGGGGCCGCCGAGGGUUGGGACCAUGAGAGAGCUUGCUAGGGUGUGCCAGUACAUACAGGAUAAUUUCUCCAAGGUAAAGGCACCGUUUUUGACAGUCCACGGGACAAGUGAUGGAGUCACCUGCCCAACAUCAUCCAAGUUGUUGUAUGAGAAGGCAUCCAGUACGGACAAGAGCUUGAAGCUGUAUGAUGGGAUGUACCAUUCGUUGAUACAAGGGGAGCCUGAUGAGAACGCUGAUCUUGUGUUGAAGGAUAUGAGGGAGUGGAUUGAUGAGAGGGUUGAGAGGUAUGGCUCUAAAAAGUGUUAGUUUGUAGUAUUAAAGUUAAUGCCUUAAUUGGUCUUUAAUAAAGGGCGUUUUGGGGGAUGAAAAUGUGUUGAUUAAUUUGAGUUUUGAGGAAACAAAGAAGUCUCUCAACUUAAAUAUGGUUUAUGAUGAUCAAUAGACUUAUAAUGUGGUUUGUCAUGAUUGCGUAGUUGUAAACAUUUAGGUUGCGUUUGGUACGAGAGAAGUGGGAGCACAUUCCCUGCAAUGUGUCUAAUUAAAUUAUAUUAUAGUGUUUAUUUUGCAA